AUGAUGGAACUGGCAGGCUGCAACUGUCAUGUUCGAAUUGUCAAAGACAAUGGCGAUGAAACCUUCGACAUCGAGUGGAUUGAGGAUGAUGCUGAAGACACUGUAGACAUUACCAAUCUCAGGCCAAAUCCCAGGAACUUCAAGAAGGGAGACCUCGUCGUUGCAAAAUGCAAUGAAGAUGGGAAGCGCUAUACUGCCAUCGUUCAAGAGAACAAAGGAAAGGGCAGUGUGACUGUGCAGUAUGUGGAAGACGAGACGGAGGAGGAUGUACUUCUGGACAACAUGUGGUCCCAGAAGAAACAGUUCAAGAAGGGUCAAAAAGUUGAGGCAAAGUUCCCCGACGAUGGCGAAUGGUAUGCCGCGACUGUCAAAGGAGUGGUGAGCAGCUUCAAGUACCUGGUGGAGUGGGAAGAUCCAGAUGGAGGGGAUCCAGAGAGCGAACUUGUGCUGGAUAACAUCCAGAUACCUAGGGUUGGCAUUGACAAGUUGGAAGUGGGGCAGAAGCUGCAUGGAACCGUGAUGAAAGUAAGAGAUUUCGGGGCCUUCGUUGAUGUUGGUUGCCACACCGACGGCCUUGUACACAUAUCCAAAAUGGCGCAAGGUCGCGUCGAUAAUGUGCACGACUAUGUGGAGGAAGAUCAAGAGCUGGAUGUUUGGGUGACCAACAUUGACGCAGAAAACAACAGGCUCGGCCUUACGAUGGUUGAAGGCAAAAUGGGAGGAGGACGUGGCCCGCGGCAGCCGCGGGAGGUGAUCAAUCCCAUCGACAGCAUGAAUGUCGGUGAUGAGUUCGAGGGCACUGUGGAGAGCAUCAGGGAAUUCGGUGCCUUCGUCGACAUCGGGGCGGAGAGAUCUGGGCUUGUGCACAUCUCACGCCUCGCUGAUGGUUUUGUCGACGAUCCGCAUGACCACGUGUCCGAAGGGCAGAAGGCGGAAGCACUGAUGUGGAUUGAGAGAAUGGCCGUCGAGAGAGGCGAUUGUUUGCUUGAACAGGUCGAGAAGCUCCGGGCAGAUGGCAACAAGAGCGGCGAGGUUCUCAUGCUGCACAAGCUGGCUACCAUGUCCCCUUUCCCAGACUACGCGCUCAACACCGCCCAGGCUGCCCUGGAGCUGGCGCGUAAGGAGGGCCUUGCCUUGGAGGAGAAGGCUCUCAAGCGGACACUGACGCAGCUUUACGCAGCCAAGGGAAAGAUCGACAAGGCACCCAAUCGACGCGAAGCAUUGCUCCUCCUGCAAGACCUGGCACGCGAGCUGGAGAGGAAGGAUGGUGAGAAGUUCGACGAUGCGAACAAGAAUCUGGAGGAUUUCUGGAUGGCCCUCAAGCAGAGUGAUGUUGAUGCAGCAAUGCAGAAAGUGAUCUCUCGGGAUCCAGCCACGUACCUCCAGUUUCUCAAAGAGCACGGGGCCAAUGUGGCAGUUCCUGGUGAGAAACCCAAGCCUCCUCCCGGCGCUGAUGUCCAGGGCUUGGGCUUGAAAAACAAGCUGCUGACCGGUCCAAAGCCUUAUCUCUACCUCAGCUUCAGGGUGGGUGGCAUCAGCUACGGCCCACGGUACCGCUGCUGCGAUUUGCCCAUGGGCGUCGGAGGCGAGCCGGGCUCGGCCAUCGGCGUCCUGGGACUCCAGGACGUCUCCGACGACUGGGAGCGCGAGUUGCAGUACAAUCCGUCCAUCCUGGACUGUGCUCUUCAGAAUGGCGCCGCAGGAAUCUAUGUGGAAAACCGCCCCUGA